CUCGUGUAAGGUGUAGUGUAUUUGCCCUAUAAGAUCGGAUCGGAGUUUCAACUGCAGAUGCAAUGCGUGUUUGCUUUUUCUUUUUCUUUUUCUGUUUUUUGCUUUUUUCUCUUUUUCAUCUCUCUCUUUCCCCUGCCUUCCCCUUUCCUCCCCUUCCGCUCGCUCCUAGCUGUGCAUCUGGGGAAUCCGGCCCGGGAUGACGGAUGCGAGGUGAUUUUCUCCCGCACCUUACUUAGCUCAUGCCCAGCUGCUGCAGGAGUGGUCAACUGCCGUUCGGUCUGAUCGCCUACCGGUUGGUCAAAGGAGAAGGAGGGUGAAGCAACGAAACAAUGGGGCUCAUUAUCACAUAUCGCGGUGUAUUUUGUAUCCCAAAUGGUCUUCGGCUCUAUGUCCUAACAGCCUGGCCGAUGACGGGUUACCCAUAGUAUUGUAGAGAGCACAGCCG